AUGAUGCCUUAUCAACUAUCUGUCGGUAAUGAAGUUCGGGAAUCACUUGUAGGAAAACCAACAAGAAAAUAUUUGAAAAAGUUUUCUUUAAAUGGAUUUAUAACAACUUUGCGACAAUUUCAGAUACUACUAACACAAUUUUCUUCUACAUUAGAAUAUCUGUCAUUACAUAUUCAUUGUGAUACAGAUUUGGAAUUUAUAAAUGGUCAUGAUCUAUAUCAUCAAAUAUUGUCUAAAUUAUCAAAAUUAAAAUACUUGCAUUUUUGUAUACAGUUUUAUCAUUAUUAUCAUCAGUUAUUUGAUAAGAGUAGUGUUGAUGACGAUAAAAUGAAACUUCUUCCUACUAUCAUUGAUUUACAAAAAAUUAUAAAAACAUAUCAAACACCAUAUUGGUUACAACAACAAACAAUAUUUUUUUAUGAACAUGAAGAAAAAGAAUUUUAUGUUUGUGCAACAUUGCCCUAUCAUUAUCAAUAUUUUCGUUCAUUGACAUCUAAUAUCGUAAAUUAUCAUUUAAAUAAAGCUCUCAUUGAAACAUCAUCACUACUAACAAUGUCAAAAGUAAAUAAAAUUGAAUUUUAUGAUGAUGAGGAUUGUCCAGAUGACUUACCACUAACAUUAGAAUUAUUUCAGUUUAUUCAAAAAACACUUUCACGAGUUAACAUAUUAAUAUUACACGAAUACUACAAUGUUGAUAGGAAUGUCACACAAGACAAGGUACAAUUACCAACAGUCGAAGAAUUACAAUAUGACACUUAUUAUUUAGAUUAUAAUAUUACAAAGCUAUUACCAAAUCUACAACGAAAAAUAUGCCGAUGGGUACCGUAUAUACGAUGA